AAAUGUCGCAUAGUAAUCAAUAAAGUCACCAAAGUGAGAUACUAUAUUUCAAAGACUUCUAUCAUCAACAAAAAAACUUUGCUAGCGUGACUAUAAAAUGAGAUAUUUUUUAUAGGUGUGCCUGCGAACUCGGUUGGAUUGCUGUGAUAGAAAGAUACCUUUAUUCGUUGCUCUAGAAAACAGAAAAUCGAAAUAUCUCAAUCGCCGUGCUCCUACUACACAAGAUGACAGUUAUAUUAAAAGAUACAGAAUGAGAUGUAAGAACUGGUACAACUAUUGUUUAGAAUGUCAAAAGAGUUCAGAUCAUUGGCACAACGUUUUAUUGUGUUUUGAUUUUUGAGAGGAGGGGGUAGGUCAUGUGAUGAAUCAUCUGAUCAACCAAAAUGGCGGGCCGUUUUGUUUAUGUAGUCUGCAUCUCUGCUGUCCUUUUGUCGACAUUUCAGGAAGCUUCAUAUGCACAAAACGUUGACCCUACCAAGAUAAAAAAGGUUCAUCUUGUUUUCAUGAAUCAUCUGGACGUUGGAUAUGAUGGUAUUUAUCCUGAAGUGGGUUUUGCACUGAAUGUGAUCAACAAAUAUUUUACCGAGUACUAUCCCCGUGCAGCUGCUAUAGCAGAGGAGCUCCGUCUGUUAGGAUUCAGAGAAAGACUUGUGUACACGACACAUCCAUGGCUUCUGCACUUGUAUUUGAAUUGUCCUUCAAUGAUGCUGGCUAGCAAUGUUUCCUUAAAGUGCCCUUCUCGCACAGAGGUGGAUACAGUGCGUCGGGCAGUUGCUAUGGGAGAUGUUGUGUGGCAUGCAGGUCCCAUGAAUAUGCAGUUUGAGAAUUUUAUGGAUCCUGUCAUGCUGGACUUGUCUCUGAACAUUAGCACAAAUCUAGACAGAGAAUUUGGAAUCAAUAGAACGACACCAGUUGUGAGCCAGCGAGAUGUGCCAGGGAUGACCAAAGCUGUGAUUCCUAUCAUGAAAAAGCAUAAUAUAUCGGCAAUCACAGUGGGUGUAAACCCAAUGACGAGCCCUCCUGCUGUUCCACCUCACCCCUUUGUCUGGAAAUUAAGUCCCCAGGAUAAUGAUGAAGAUGGCAUUAUUGCUUUUUGGCAUCCAGGAGGCUAUCCUAAUAAUCCUGGAAGAUUUCCUACUGCAGCAGGAGGAUUGUCAGUCAAAGACUGUCUGUUUGCAGAAGAUGUUAAUGCCUUCCCAGAAACACUGUGCUUUGCUUUCCGUACAGAUAACUCGGGCCCACCAGACACCUUGGCGGAGGUUCUGAGCAACUUUGAGCUUGUUCGAGGCCAGUUUCCCAAUGCAGUUGUUCAGGGAUCUACGUUGGAUGAAUAUGUAUCUUCACUGAAGGCUUCAGGCACUACCUACCCGACUGUCACCCAGGAGAUUGGGGACACCUGGAUCAUGGGUGUGCAGUCAGAUCCGAAGAAGAUGGCUAUGUACAGGGCUUUUGUGAGGGUCUUUACUGAUUGCCUUAUUAAAGGGUCAUGCCAGCAUGAUGAUCCAAGAAUAUCCCAAGCUGUGUUUUACAUCACCAAGAUUCCAGAGCACACAUGGGGACUUGAUUCCAUCCCUGACUGUUACAACUGGUCCAAUGCUGCCUUCCAGAAGGCUCGGUCAGGUCAAAACUACACAGAUCGUAUAGCAGCUUGGGAGGAGCAGAGGCAAUUCAUGGAUCUAACCUUGGAAAGCUUGGCUUCACAUCCCAUUGUUGCAUCUGUCAAAACUGAAUUUAUGAACCUGCAGCCUACUUUACCUGAUCUUUCAGAGUAUGAAAUAGCUAGCACUACUGAUCAGUUCAAGUGUGUUGAUGGCACAGUUCUCGCAUUUGCAUCUGAUGGAUCACUAAACCGGCUGUUUGAUCCAAAUAACAAAGUGGAAUGGGCAACUGAUGGAUUCAGGAUGGGUCAAAUCCUGUACAACACCUACAACGAAUCUGACUAUGACUACAUGUCUAAGCUGUACGACUAUAUUGGUGGUGCAGGCUUCCACAAGGAUAAUUCUACACUCAAUGCCCAUCCUGAAUCUCAAAGGUGGGAUGUGAAAGCUCAGAAUUUAUAUAGGAGGAAAGGCAAUGUGACUUGUGACUUCAUAGUGAAAGUUGCUCCUACUGACCAGGAGGCUGUUUUAGAAUAUGGAGCACCUCCUUUGUUCUACAUUCAUUACACAUACUCACCAGACCAGGACAAGAGCAUUUCAGAAAGAGUUUUGCAGAUUGUGGUUCAGUGGUUUAACAAAGGUCCUACUCGGUUGUCGGAAGCUAUUUCAUUUGGUUUCAACCCCAACCCCAGGCCGUCUUCUGUGUGGACAAUGUCAAAACUGGGAGAACUAAUAGACCCAAUGGAUGUCAUGUUAAAUGGAAGCCAGUAUCUACAUGCAAUUAACAAGGGAGUGUACUACUUAAAUGAGAACCAGACAGGAUUGCAGAUUCUCAGUCCAGAUGUGGCCCUCCUGACUCUAGGCACAGCCUCACGUCCACCAUCUGUCUUCCCUGUGCCUCUGACAACCCCAACAGAGCCAUUUGUUUCAGUAGCCUACAAUAUCUACAACAACAUGUGGAACACCAAUUAUAUAUAUUGGUAUCCAUUCUUUCAGGAAGAUCAGAACUUUAAAGCUCGCUUCUAUGUCAAUUUUGUGUGAAGGUAUCAAAUUUCAGCACAUAUAAGUCCCACUUCCAUUAAAUAACAAAAUAUUUUAUAUUAAUUAAAAAUUUUGACUUUAAAUGCCUGCCAGUGAUAUACUUUAUCAAUUCUGGUGUCAUGCACUUAAGUGCCUGCUGUGACAAUAGAGAGCUUUGUGAGGGUUACUCUGGGUGCACAGUUUCAAAUGACUGUUACAUAUUUUUUAUCUGCAGAAUUGAAAGAAAGAUAAGAGAUAAUGAGAAAGACAAAAAGCAAUAAAUACAUUCAGUCCUAACCAUAACAGCUUCUCUUGCCGUAAUAUAGCUUUGGUAAAAACUAGCCUUUCACAAAUCUCACAUGUACUAAAUUCUUAUUCUAUAGGUAAGAAGACAUCAAUAUAUAAAUAUAUCACGUCAUGAGAAACUAGCAUUUAUCUAAUCUGUAUGAUAGAGUUAAGCAAAUCACUUAGCUAAUUCAUCCCGCAUACUGAACUUGAUCAUAGAAACAUUGCCCUUGUGUGUUUUUCAUGUUUUUGAUAUGCCAAAAGAACUCUUAAAGUAGAACUAAGACUUCAGUAGAAAAGGGGAAAUGUACAGGAACCAGUAACAAAAUUACAAUCAAAAUGAAAUGAUGGUGAUGAAUACACAUGUUCAUUCAACAAGUGGACAUAAAAUGAACACGAGUAAAGAAUAAUGCUUAGCAAGUGAUCUUUAUGUUACAAGAUGGUGGAGAUGCUACACUUGAUAUCAAGGUACACGAAGUGGUGCACCAGAAGGUUUAUUAAGAGAUGAGUGGGUUUUCUUGGUCAAUGCUCCUGUCUGAAUAUACAAUAUUUAAAAAAACGCUUCUUGUAAUGACAGUAAUAUAAUGUAGUCCUAAUUUGUAUUUGAACAACAUGACUGUUAAUUAUAAUCAUACAAUCCAGAAUGUUUCAAGUGCCCUCUGGGAUAAAUAAAGGGUUCCACUGGUCAACAAUGAAAUUAUUACUGACUUUAAAAGGUCCUAAUCCGUAGUAUCUUGGUGUGCUUAGUAGGAAUAUGACCCAUCAAAAUUUUGAUUGGUUCUCCUUUCGAAGAUAUUUGAUAUAGUUCAUUUUCUAUGUUUCACCUUGUAAAUUUAUCCAAUAGGACUACAACAACAUCCUAAAUAAGCCUAGAAUGAUGUAAUACUGCAUAAUAACCUCAUGCACAUGUCACCCAGAGUUUAUUGCAUCCUUUUCUAAGAAAGUGUGUUAAUACCGUGGACAAUGUUUGCUAUGUUUGUGGGGAAGGAACGUUUGCUAACCAGAAGAAAAGUAUCAUGCCUCAAGUGAAAAAGGUAUAUCAUCUUUACUUCGGACGCAAGAUUGGCAACCAAGACAAGAUAUGCUGUGCUACAUGUGCAACACAGUUUUCACAGUUGUUAAGUGGCAAAAAAGACCAUCAAUAUCAUUUGCAGUCCCCAUGGUGUGGAGAUAGCCAAGCAACCACAUAAGUGACUGUUACUGCAGCUUAGUUCCUCUUCUUUCCGGCAGUAUAGUGUUUUUUUGGUGUUUUGUUAACAGUCAGUUAACCUGGGGUAAAGGUCUUCUAGAGCUUGGGUGGCCGCAAUUGUCUUAUUGGUUCAUUGAUGCACGAUUGAUUGUAGUUCAUAGGUGCGUAGGAAGUUAGUGACCACCUGUCCAUCACGUACUAGCUAGGUUGUGAUUAGUCAUAGCUAAUAACGGAAUGGCAAAGAGUGUGUGUACGUUAUGUUAGCCAAUCGUGAGAGUUGAUCGCCGGAGAUAACAUUGUGACCAGCGAAGAAUCGCACUGGAGUCAGGAAGAGGAAGGCUCUGGCAGAGAUCAAUCCAAGGCUGUUCAGAUUCUCCCCUGUGAGUCUGUCUUGGAAUCGGCUUCAGCACAACUCACUCAAGAGGGGCGUGAAGACCUUCUCUAUCACCUAGUGCCCAACGCUUCAUCAUCCGCAGACAACAGAGGUUGCCUUAUUAAGCGAUAUUAAGCUCUGACCGCUGUUACGCCGAAGAGGUCAGAAAAAGACAUAUGUGGCACACGGCAGUGCCAGAAUCUUUCAGUGCUCGUGACAGGCAGCUACGAUCGCCAACUGACUCUAACGGAUUCCCAGACGGCAAGAAUAUCGGUGUGAAGUGCUAAGUGGCGAGUGUGUUGCAGACGAGUGUAGUGUGUUGUGUAGUAGUUAAGAAAGUUAGUGGCUCAUGAUACCUGGACUAGGUAUAGGGAAGUUAACUGGACACCUAGACUAGAGAACAGUCAUAUUUAGAACUGAAGCAUUGUACAUUUUGUAAAUUGAUUUGUAAAACUUUCGAUCAUUAAUAACUUUCUUUUACACUAAA